GUCAACAACAACAUAUUCAUCUGGCCAAAAGGUUCAGUUGCUCUUGUUUAGUGCUGCUGUUCAGUGCUUUGGCGUUACUUCAACCAGAGAAGGAUACGAAUUAAAAUACUAAUUUGUGACGGACGAUACCUUACAGAAAAAGUACUGUGGAGCAAUACUUAUUUAUCUGUUUAAGCAGUGACUGGCUUUCACAUCCUGACUGAGGCUUAAUGCCAUCAACAGAACAUGAACUGGACCAUUUGGGUUUUGUUUGUGGGCCUUCUGUGGAUUGCCCAAGGAGAGAAACCCUGCAAAGAAGAUAGUACUUGUGAUGUGAGAAGUUGUUUGCUCAGCGAAACAAAAAAAAGUUUGGUUAUUCCUGACAACUUCAAUGGCAUCAUCAGCAAUCGUAUCUAUUUGAAUCUGACCGCAGAUUAUUGCAUAAUAUUUCUGCAGAGAAACCAGACAAACCAAGAAAACCAACGAAAGUGGAGCCAACAGUGGCCUCAAAUGCAAACAAACAAUGGUUCCUAUCAACUGCUCAUUUCAAAAUGGCAUACCCAGAAAGAUAUACUGCUGUAUGUUUUGAGCGGGAAGCGGUGCAACCAUACACUCUCUGGGCUCGGAGAAACAAUUCCCUGCAAUCAAAGCGAUUCUUGCCAGAUUAGAUGUGUUUGUACCAAAACCAUAUGUGAUCAAUCUAUCUAUGAUGUAAAGGCCUGCAGUAAUGACCCCCCUUCAGAUUCAAAAAACAAUGACAAGUACAUCCUCAACCUAACAGCAACAGUCGACAGCUGUAUUAACUGUAACAAUCCAGUGAAAAAGCCUGAGGAGACACUUGAGCCAAGUGAUUUAAAAGAUCUCAAUAUAACACUUGAAAUUAAAGAGGGAGAAGAUGUCAGCCCUGCCCAAGCUGCUAAAGUCAUGGGUAGCAUGUCCAGCCUUGUCACUGUCCUCAACGUGUCUUCAGCUGAACUGAACCUGGGAGGAGGAGUUACGGGUAUCUUAGUGAGAGAAACAGAGCCUGAGGACGUGGAGGAAGUCUCCUUUGCUUAUUUGAAUCCAAAUGAGAGCAUACAUAUUUUAGACAGCAGGUAUGGUCUGAACGCAUUUUCAAGAUCUGUUACUGUGACAAAAGAAGCUUUUACAAAAUCUAUCACUUCGAACAUUAGUGUAACAUUUGCCUCUGUUGUCCGAUUCAUCAAUAUGGCCAAGGAUGAGAUGAACAGCACUGUUUUGGGUAAUGAGGUUCUAGGCAUUGAAAUGGGAACCGAGAUCCGCAAUCUCACAGACAAAAUACUCAUCAGUUUUAGAAAUAUGGAAUACGAAGGAAUUCCAUCUUGUUACUCAUGGAAUGGUGAAGGGAGCCGACCAAACUGGACUAGUGACGGAUGCCAGACAUUAUCAGAUGGAGUGAACAUUACAUGCCAGUGUUCACAUUUGACUUUUUUUGCUAUCUUAUUGACUCCUCUUAAUGAAACCAUUUCCAGUUCUGACCUGAACAGGCUCACCAUUAUCACCCAGGUUGGCUGUGGGUUGUCCAUGUUCUUCCUUGGAACAGUCCUCUUCAUGCAUUGCCUUAUGAGGAAGACGAAGGCCAGUAAAGCCACAAGGAUUCUCAUCAACCUUGUGUUAGCCAUGUUCCUGCUGAACUUCAGUUUCCUGGUCAACAACCCUGUGGCAAAACUGAAGAGCUCUGUGGGUUGUAAAAUCAUGGCAGCUCUCAUGCACUACUUCAUGUUGGCUACGUUCACUUGGUUUGCUGCGCAGGCCUUCCACCUCUGCCUGCAGCUAUACAUGGGGGGCAAAAUUGGCAUCCGUCGCUACAUACUCAAAGUCUCCAUUACCAGUUGGGUACUACCAAGUAUAGUCGGGAUUAUCCUGCUCAUCAUAGGAAAAUAUGGUGAACAAGUUAUCGAAACGAAUGACUCUGAGGAAAAAGUGUCCAUGUGCUGGAUAACCGACAGUGACACCCACUACGCUGUCAACAUAGGCUACUAUGUGUUGGUCUUCAUCUUCACCUUAACUAUCUUCACCAUCAUACUGUCCUGGCUCUUCUGUCUCAAGAGAACCAGCGUAGGCAACAUGCAAAGUGGCAAAAGUGGCAAAAGUGGAAAAAGUGGCAGAAGUAUUGUAACCAUCCUGGGACUGUGUUGCAUGCUGGGUCUCACAUGGGGUUUUGCCUUCUUCGCCCACGGCGUCCUCCAGAUCCCGGCCUACUACAUUUUCACAGUUUUCAAUUCUUUCCAAGGUUUCUUCCUGUUCAUCUACUACUACAACACCAGCCACGUGGGAGAGAUAGAUGUUGGCCAAAGUAAUUCCAGCAGCAGCGUCAGCACUCUUAAAACCAGCCUGGACAGCACUAGGAACCCCUAUGAAAACAUGCCAGCCAAAAAAUAAAACUUGGGAGACGAAUGGGAUGGGAUGCAGAGACAGUGGUGGAAUUUAUUCGUUGAUUUAUAUUUUGUAUUAACUAUCUAAAUCUGCAAACUAGUAACUAAUGUUGUCAACUAAAUGUACUUAGUUAAAUUCCACCACAGUGAAGAAGUCACAAUCAGCUUUAAAUAGACUACACGCAAUUACAAAGAAUUAACUGUAAAGUCUACUGAUGUAUAGCAUUGUCAUGGGCACCUGUCAUUACAUAUUGUUGGUUAUUAGUGUAUAUGAAAUUUGCUUAAAUACUACAUGUUUCUGUUUAUCUUUGGGAUAGGACUUGGUUUGUACAAUCUUUACUAGGGUGCAUGAUUCAUGCUGUUAAGUUUUGACUCUGAGACUUAUUUUUAAUGCAACAGUGAACUGAAAUUGAAUUGAAAACAGCAAAAUAUCCUGAAGCUUUUUAAUGUUUCUGUAUUGAGCAUUUACUUUUUAAACUCAACUUCCAAGACUGAUAUUUAAAUCUUUGACAUAUAUACCAAACAUCCUCAACAGUGGACAAUACUAAUAAUAUAAAGUUUCCUUAUGGAUUUGUGUAAAUGUAAACGAGGUGGCAAAAAGAACUUGAGUAAGAGAAACACAGGGAAAUGGGAAUCCUUUAUUCAGUUUCAGUCACACCAACAUUAAAACACAUAUUAUGCAUUAAUAUACAAGUUUAUUUUUUACUCAUUUUGAAUUGGGAAAUUAUUAUACACUUUUAUAACAAGAGAGCUUCUGCUUCCUUGAGAGCUUUUUCCAUUUCAGCAGCCUCCAGGGAAAAGUUCUCCCUCUCCUGCAUCAUAUGUUCCCGCGCUUUAGCGAGUUCUGUCAUCGUUGUUUGGAUAUCCUAAAAGUGUAUAAAAUGAGGAACAUUGAAAAUACACUCCAAACAUCCUUUAAAUCGACUACAAUAAAUAGCAAUUGGUCCAUACGGGUUUCAACGAGUUUGACUCACCUCUAGCUGAGCACGUUGCUGUGACGCGAUGUCUCCAAACGCUUUUAAUUCAUGUAGAAGGUCUGUGGAGACGCCCUGAAACAGAUAUAAAUGAAAGUUGUGUUUGCUAGAUGGCACUGCCUAUGAUAGCCAAAAGCCUGUAACCCUUUAUGUGUACAAAUAUAUAUAGUUUUUUAUUAAGCAUGUUUCUAGUGUAAUCUCCUAUCAACCUAUGUUCUGUUUUUGUAGUGUAUUUGUGUGGGUUUGCUUUAAAGUUAAUUAAAGCAUAUGACAAAUAA